CCGGAAGUGGAGGGCGAUGUUGAUGCAGGAGUGAACAUGGCGUCGUGUAGUAGCAGCGUCGGUGGCGGUCUCGGCUUCCUCUUCCCGUCCAGGGCGGCGGGGGCAGCUGUCGUGGCCGCCCUGCUGGCGGCUGUGCUUUUGGGAGAUCCCGCGCAGGCCCGCGUUCACCAGCUCACCCUCAAGGAUGAUGUGCGGCAGAAGGUCCAUCUCAACACGUUUGGUUUCUUCAAGGAGGGAUUCCUUUGGGUCAAUGUCAGUAACCUCUCAGUUAAGCAUCCAGGGAUUGCUGAAAAAAACAUUCUGGUGGGAUUCAGUUUAGACCGAACACAGAAUGAUGGAUUCUCCACUUACUUGGAUGAAGAAGUGGAUUAUUGCAUUUUGAACAGAACGCCGGAUCAUGAUGUCUCAGUCCAUCUGCUGUUAAACUUCACGAAGAAGAUCGUGACAGUCAAGCCGAACGUCACCCCUCAUCAGCUGCCAGAAAUAGUCUUCACUGACUCUGAGAAGAAUGUGCAUUCCGGAGGCACCCAGGUCGCCAGUAAACCUGCUCUGGACAAAAGAGCCCUCGGUUCCAAGCAGUCACCUGGACAGAACGAGACCGAAACCCAGGUGCCCGUGGAUCGAAAGUACCCCAUCCAGAGCAAAGGUGACAGCUUUCACUUCCAGUUUCACUUCAGCAUCAACUCGGAGAACCAGGAAGGACUUUAUAGUCUCUAUUUUCACAAGUGUGUCAGCAGCGGCUUGCAGAAUGAGAAGGCGCUCUUCACCCUUGAAAUUGGGAUUACAGAGAAGAACCCCAGCAGCUACCUCUCAGCGGGAGAAAUCCCUCUGCCCAAGCUCUACGUUUCCAUGGCGCUCUUCUUUUUUAUCUCUGGCGUUGUCUGGGUCCACACGCUUCGGAAACGCAGGGCUGAUGUGUUCAAAAUCCACUGGCUCAUGGCUUCUCUCCCAUUCACCAAGUCCCUGUCUUUGGUCUUCCAUGCAAUCGACUACCACUACAUCUCCACCCAGGGCUACCCGAUCGAAGGCUGGGCAGUCGUCUACUACAUCACUCACCUGCUCAAGGGCGCCCUGCUCUUCAUCACCAUCGCGCUCAUCGGCACGGGCUGGGCGUUCAUCAAGCACAUCCUCUCGGACAAGGACAAGAAGAUCUUCAUGAUUGUGAUCCCGCUGCAGGUCUUGGACAACGUGGCUUACAUCAUCAUCGAGUCGACAGAGGAAGGCACGACCGAGUCUGGGCUGUGGAAGGAAAUCCUGUUUCUGGUGGACCUGCUUUGCUGUGGGGCCAUCCUGUUCCCAGUUGUCUGGUCAAUAAGGCACUUACAGGAGGCCUCUACGACGGACGGGAAAGCUGCCAUCAACUUGGCAAAACUGAAGCUCUUCAGACACUACUAUGUCAUGAUCGUGUGCUACAUCUACUUCACUCGGAUCAUUGCCAUCCUCAUCAAGAUCGCCGUCCCGUUCCAGUGGAAGUGGCUCUACCAGUUGCUGGAUGAGAUGGCCACCUUCGUCUUCUUCGUCCUAACUGGGUACAAGUUCCGGCCGGCCUCGGACAACCCCUACCUGCAGCUCUCGCAAGACGACGACGACGACAGCGUGGACAUGGAGGCUGUGAUGACCACGUCCGGCGUCAUGGAGGGUGUGAAGAAGGUGAAGAAAGUGGUGAACGGCUCAGUGGAGUCCCGAAGCGAGAGAGAGAACACCGCAUGAUGGACUGAUUCCUUUUCCCUCUGCUCUUCCCCCCUCCACCCAACCCCUUAAGACAAAGCAGCACUUUUCAGAGAAACUCUAAUUUAUUGACCUUUUACUUCCCAAACGGAAAGGGAGCGAGCUGAGCUUCUGGAUAGAGAAACUGCAGAGUUCUGGGGAUGGGAGGGGGCGAAAGCAGAGACAAAGUACUGCAAAGACGCAAAAGUAAGAAAGGUCAAAACAGGUUCCGUGGUCUUAAGGAGCUCGGGCUCUUCCGGCGCCUCCGAGGAAACUUUUCUGCAUAAGGUGGCCGCCCCCCCUGUGUGUUUAAUUCUCUCCCCCCCCUUCUGGGAACUUGACUCACUCCUGGAGAGGCUGUUUCCACAUGCGGAAAAACCAACCAGAGUUGUGUAUGUAAAAUUGUACACACACACACACACUCCUUACAUGCAAAGCCCGUGGUGCCAUGCUGCACGCGAAAGGUCUGGGGAGCUGUUGGGUGGGGGUAACUCCUGGUGGUCUGCUUGUAUGUUUUCUGUUGACCUGCGCACCUCCUCUUGGCUCUGUCCUUCCGAUGGAGGCCAGAGAGCGAGAUGCUCUUCGGGGACCAAAUGUAGCUCUUCCCUUGCUCUUGCCCCGCCAUCCUCACUCGCAUGGGCCCAAAACAUGGUCCCGUUAACUCUAUGCAUUUACCUGAAGGGUUCUGGAUGUUUAUAUAACGAAGUGGGGAUCACUGUUGAAUUUCUCUUCCGUGCAGCUCUGAGCCCCCCUCUCUCCCCCCCCCCCCGGCUUGGCUAAGCCCCUGCUAAAAGAGAAGAGAAAUACCCCCAUUAAAUCAAACCCAUUGCCUGGGGCCAGGAUUUCUGAGCCAGCGAGAAGUAAAGCGCUUCUGUUCCCAGGGCUUGGGGCAUGUGGGGACCCACAGAGGGUGCCGAUUAGGUCUGCGGGAGAGAGGUUUUGCCCCAGUGUUGGAAAUCCUGCUGUGUUCUCCGGAACAGUGGUUUGCUUUUGGAUCGGGGCCCCUGCUGUUGGGCUCCAUAUAUGAAAUCAGCAGGUCCCCCAAGUGCUCGCUCGCUCGCUCUCCCUGCACCUCUUUCAAGAAGUUGCCUGGACAAGCUCCGUCCUUGCUCCACAAACCAGCCAUUCAACCGGCUGCACUUGUGAAAAGCAUCGCAACUUUUGUAUUCGCAACGUGGGGAUUAAAUGCCUUGUUUCCCCCCUCCCCCAGCAUCCAACUCAAGAGAUGGCUGCUUGGGAUGACAUGUUGGACGGCCCGGCCCGGCCCGGAGAGGCCUUCUGCUCCGGCCCUGGGACCGCCGAGCCGGCUGCGUGUGUGACCCGUUCAGAGUAAAGCUGUGGGAAGGGCUGUGAGGGAAGCUUUUCAGGGGAGCUUCUGGGGAAGAGAGAUGAGCGAGCGAGCGAGCGAGAGUGGCGUAUCGGCCCCCAGGGACACGCUGGUGCGGUGGGGGGCGUGUGGCAUGGUUUGGUCGUGGACUUGUUUCUCUUAGAUUUCCCCGUCUACAGACAGUAGCAGUCUUGGCCUGUUGCUUCCCAGGAGGAGAAAGGCUUGCUGUAUAGAUGCAUUUAGGGCCGGGAUGGGCGAUUUCUGCCGUGAAACUGCAGGGCACUGCACCCCUUUUUGCCCUGCCCUGCUGGCCCUUGCUUCCCGGCAAGGCAAGGCAAGGGAAAAUCGGCCCUCGUUUUUCUGCCCCCCCCCGGCGCCAAAUUUUGGUGGCAAAUUUGGCAGUGUUGGCGGACUGCAAAGACGUCCACGGAGGCCUGUGUGGGGCCUGCUCAUGGCUUACCUGGAUGGGUGGGUGGAUUUGGCAGGCAUGUGACCCCUGAAGGGCGGAGGAGAGUGGUGGGAGAUCCUGCGGUUCCCACUGGAAGGGGGGGGGGUUUGAGAGCCCCCGGGGCGACUGCUCCUGCAGCUCCUUGUAAGGCAGCACUCCGUGGCUCUCUGUGCUGUUGGUUGAUGGGAAGACAUUACAGUGGGGUAGAAGGAACGCGCAGGGCAGGGCCCAUCUCCCCCGGGACCUUUUUGUCUCCCAGGCCUCACUCCGGGCCACUGCUGCUUGCAGUCUCCUGCAGGAGCCCCCCCCCCCCACUGAGUGGGUCUCGGGCUCCUGCGAUCCUGGGAUUUCAGCUACGUCAGGCACAUUCUGUGGCCUCCAGUGCACUUUCUCUGGACGGUAUCCUAAGGCGCCGCAUGAAUGCAUGUAUGGGUAGAGCUCCACGCUCCGGGAUGCUGGCUGGCUGGCUGGUUGGAGGGAGGUCCCGUUCCAGUCCCAAGGCAGUGCCCCCCGAGUGCUGGCAGAGCAGCCCUCCUCAGUACGGGGCCCUCCAGGUGUUCGAGUGGCGUGUCAGCAGUGCCCUAACCUGAGGCAGCUUCUGGCCCGGCCCGCUGCAGCGUUUCAUCCAGAGAACGUGCGAGGUUCUUAAAACCGCUCCCACGAUGCCCGAAGGGACUCCCGGGUGCUCUGGUCCUGCCACCUGAAGUUGCACGAAGCCGCUUGUUGGAGGCGUGCGGGUGUUUGUGGCCAAGGGCUGUGCGAGGCACGGACUGGCCGUGGAUCUGUUUUGCUGACCCCUGCAGUGGACCUUCGGGGAAGGCGUCCCUCUGUUUAUUUCCCUCUCCCUCUCUGAAAGUUGUGCAUGCUUGAUUUCGCGCCUCUUCGGUUUCCCCGGCCUUGUGGCACAUUCCAGGAGCGUGUCUGCCAAAAAAUUUGGUGCACUGCAGCAUUUUUAGUGUACCUGUGUGAGCGAGCCUUCUCCACACUGCUUCCCCCAGUGAGGAGGUGGCGUGAAACCAGGCAGCACAUGCCCUGCGGAAGGCGCCUCCCAGGGCAGAGAAGCCGGGGUUGCCGUUGCCCCCUCACGCCCCAUCUUUCCUUUCUCACAGUGCUUUCGUUUGUUCUGCCUGCUGCAAGCAGAAAUGUGACGCUCUCCGUCGGAGCAGUCCCCCCGAAAUUCACAGCCAGUCAGAAUCUCCCAGUUUUCAUCAGACCAUACCAGAUCCUCGCGAGUCCGUGGGUGUCUUAUGGGUAGUUUGGGGGAAUUCCUGUAGUCCAAGCAUCAUGGCUUGCGUUUCCUUCUGACUCACGGCAACUUCCGAAGGGGCUCGCAUUUGCGUCCCACUCAUAACUGGGCACGGUGACUUCUCCUGUGCCUUGUCAUCUUUCUUGGAGUGGGAGAAAAGUAGCAGGCCCCACACAAGCUCUCCAGUGCAGAUGGUGAGAUCUUCUGUGUUGCUUGUGGCCCCCAUAGCUCCCUCUUGUGGCCCCCACUGGUUCCGUUCAGAUUUUUAAAAAGAAGCAACAUCUGCCUUGUACUGGCUAGGGAGCAUCCCUCUGGCCAACUCAGAUUUGCUUGGUCACUAAAUUUGGCCCUUUGGGCCCUCCAUGGGGCCAGAAAGGGUAAAUUUCGGGGAUAGGGUUGGAAAUGAGGGCAGUGCGAGUGUUGGAGCAGCCUGUAACGUGUGGGGCAGAUGGCAAUCACAUUCCAGGACUUCAGCCUCGCUUGGGGGGACGCCCGGUGGAAUUGGUGGAAUGGGGGAGGGCAGGACUGGUCCCUGGACUUCCAGGCAUUCCCCACCCUGGGUGCACCCUUCAUUUUGGCAGUCCGGUUUUGACUGGGAUUUUAACGGCAAAAACCAUCCGGCCUGCAGCUAGCAGAAGCAGGAACUCCAGCAUGCGGCUCACAAAGCACUGUGUGGUCUGGCCCUGGGGCUUUUUCAGAGUGGCGUGUGCCUCAGUCCUGCCACUUUGGAAGCAAUAAGGCAGGGUGCCUUGGAGGAUCGGGAAGGAGGCAGGUGCACAGGAAAGCUUUGUCCUCCGGAAGAUGGAAGCCCAGCCCUCUUUGCGCCCACAGUGGACUCGUUUGGAGAAGUGAAUGGAGUGCUACAGGACUUUUCCUUGGAACGACACCCCCUUUGGCUCCUCAAGAGGAGGGACUUCCCUGCUUGAGAAGCAUCCCUUUCAAAUUUUGCCCUCGACGCGCCAUCCCAAGCCCUGUGGAAUCCACCGUGCCGCAGCAGCUCGACCCUGCUUGACUGCUCUGGGGGCACCGCUCCUUUCCCGCGAGCAGUCCGCGCUCGCCAUUUCUCCGUGCAACAGGGGGGUGCGCAGUGUCCGCGUGGGGCCAGGGCAGUCCUCAUCUUUACAUCUGCAGAGGUUUGUAGCUGGAGGACCAGUUGAGUAGCUAGCAAAAACGACUUGGUUGAUCUGGGAGAAAAGUGUGUUGUUUUUUCUCGAACAUUUAAAAAAUCAAUAUGCCCCCAAAAAAGGCUUCUAGGUAAAAAUCCAGGCAUCACCGUAAACCUAAGAUGUUUGACCUUUCUUUUUUUAAGAAAGGGUGUGUGUGUGUGUGUGUGUGUGUGUGUGUGUGUGUGUGUGUGUUUCCCCUGCCCCGACCUUCAAACAUUUCUGUUCCUUGUUCAGCAUUUGGGAUGCAAAAAGAAUCUGUGUUGUAAGGUGUGUGCAAGCAUUUGGUUUUUUUUUUUAAUUUCCCUUUUUGAAAAAGAUAAAAAGGACAGUAUUUAUGUAAACAGGGCAGGGGCAUUCCAGUCGGGGCUUUUCUCUAUGUAAUGUGGUUUUCCUGCUGUGGAACAAAAUAAAAGACCAGGUGACUAGGAA